GCUACGAUGGCUCUGGACGAAAGCGACGAGACUGGCGCUUCCACAGAGGACGUAUCUCGGACAGCGGGUGCUACACAAGAGACUGACCUAUCACAUUCCAAACAAGCCUUGGUCUCUGGGCGCCGAAAGCCCACUUCACACGCGUUGCAGACGACUCUGCAAGGCGGACGAGCCCACUCUACAGAUGAAAUAACCUUUUCAAUGCGCGUACGCAGCAUGUACGAGCAUGGCACCGAGGAUGCUGCCAAAUGGGUCUCUAGUAUGGGCAGGGCCGCUAACGGCAGAUCGGCAUCGACUCGUGAGAGGACGGGUAAAGACACACCGGGCAAUUCCACGCCAACGUCAAAAUUGCUACCAGCUCCAUUGUCGCUCGACAAAAUCAGAGCUGCAGAUGGUCGAGGCUCGCCUAAGCUUCCUUCUGGCAAGACCACAAACAAGUACUACACGAAGGAAGCUCAUGAGCUCGCUGGAGGAAUCGAAGAUUGGGGCGAAAUUGAAGGACAGGAAGUUGAUCGAUAUGGCUUCAUAGUUCCCGCUCGCCGAUCUGAUUCGCGGUCUUCCGGGACCAACGAUCCUGUUACUGGCAACGCGCAAAGAGUAGCAACCUCGUUGCGAGUGGAAGCCGAGAAACCACGAAAGUCUUCAAGGGCGGCAUCAAGCGCUCGGUCCGCAAGAUCGGUGCCACCGCGACCAAGUCGUGACUGGGCGCUGCGCAAAGGACCCAGUUCUGUCCACAGCACACGCUCUACUGCAACCUCAGGUCGAUCAAAUCCUUUCCGAUCGCGUCAUCAACGGAUUCUUGACGAGGCGUCUGACAUGCUUACGCUCCCACCUGGCCUUGCUGACAUCGCCGAGCAGGAUGACGCAGGCCGGACAGCGUCAUCGAUGAAACAACGAGAGUGGAAUCGCGAACAGAAAUGGCAACGAAUGGCCCGACCCGUCUCCGGACGUGUACACGGUAAAGGAGGGGGCAUGCGCUUCGACUUUGACACGAGUGAUCCCAAACUCAUCGAACGGACAUGGAAGGGCAUUCCUGAUCGAUGGCGAGCGACCGCCUGGCAUAGCUUCCUAGCCACAAGCGCAGCUAAACGUGGCAGCCCGGCUUCCGACGCCGAGCUCAUCGGCCAAUUCCACAAACUCCAAUCCCAGGACUCUGCCGAUGACUCGCAAAUCGACGUGGACGUCCCCAGGACCAUCAGUAUGCACAUCAUGUUCCGUCGCCGGUACCGCGGCGGCCAACGCUUGCUCUUCCGUGUGCUUCAUGCCGUCAGCCUUUACUUCCCGGGCACAGGCUACGUCCAAGGCAUGGCCAGUCUCGCCGCAACGCUGCUCUGCUAUUAUGACGAAGAGAACGCAUUCGUCAUGAUCGUGCGCUUAUGGCAGCUCCGUGGUCUGGAACAACUCUUUGCACCUGGUUUCGGCGGACUCAUGGCCGCUCUCGCCGAAUUCGAAAAAUCCUGGCUCGGCGGCGGUCAAGUGGCAGAGAAGCUCGAUGAGCUGUCCAUCACUAGCACCGCCUACGGCACGCGCUGGUACCUCACAUUGUUCAAUAUGAGCGUCCCUUUCCCCGCCCAGCUUCGCGUCUGGGACCAAGACCCGGCUCAAACGACGACCACGGCCACUACUGCCACUUCUGCCGCCGCGCCAGCUCCGCCCCCCUUCGGCGGUGCCGAUCUCGACGUCCUCCACGCCACCAGCGCCGCCCUCAUAGACGCGACCCGCGAAAUCCUCCUCGACAGCGACUUCGAAAACGCGAUGAAGGUCCUCACUUCUUUCGUGCCCAUCCGCGACGAGGACUUGCUCAUGCGCGUCGCCAAGGCCGAGUAUAAACUCGCCAAGAAGAAACAGGCCUCGAGCGCGGCGAGCCGGAAGAAGAAGCGAGAUACGAUCUGA